UUUAAGAAACUGGGCACAAUUCAUCACACUAAUGAAGCAGUUUGCGUUUUCCAUGUUUUAUGAAUUCCGUUCUGUGACUGUAACGACGUUUAUAGUGUUAUUCAGAUUUUUCCUAUAAGGACAACGAAUUGCUACAUUGCUACUAACAUUGGAGUACAGUAUAAACGCACAACAACACAGGUUAAGAUACGGUUGGCGGAGACACCAGGCAGACAAAAGGCCUACAGCAUGCUCUUCUCUCCUCUCCCUGGGAACAGCGACCAUUUCCACCAACUUCCUCCAGCCGGCUCCAGCCCCGCCCACGACCCCACCCAGCUGGACCCGCUGGACCUGUCCAUCAGCAAGCGGGGGUCGCCCCCCUACUCCUCCCACAGCCCCCGGCCGCACUCGCCCUACGGCGGCCUCCACCAGCGGGACCCCAGGGCGCACUGGCGGCACGGCGGAUCCUCCCACGGCCACGCCUCCUCUGGCCUGUCCCUGCACUUCCUGGCGCCCCUCCUGCAGGGCUCCGCUGCGGGCGUCGUCCCCCUGCUCUCGGGCGUCAUGGUGCAGCCCCUCCCCUUCCUCGUGCCCCCACACAUGCCCCUGCAGCCCGUCAUGCUCUCGUCCAUGGCCAGAGACGACAUGCUGGACCUGCCCUCACACCCGCAAGUGACGGAAAUGAAGUCGCCUGAGCUGUAUGAGGCCUACGACAUGCAGAAGCCCAUCAAGUCUGAGCCGUACUCCGAAUACGGCCAGGACCCCGGCUUCGACGAGGUGUCGUCCUCCGCCCUAGCCAGCCCCUCGCAGCCCUUUGUCCGCAGCGAGAGCAGUAGUCCGUCUGUAAUUGUGACCCUCAGGAAGUCCUCAGUAAUUGUGGAAUCCACCGACCCAAAGAGGAAGCGCAUACAUCAUUGCGACUUUGGCGGCUGCAACAAAGUAUACACCAAGAGCUCCCAUCUCAAGGCUCACCGCCGCACGCACACAGGCGAGAAGCCCUAUCUCUGCACAUGGGAGGGAUGCACGUGGAAGUUCGCCCGCUCGGACGAGCUCACCCGUCACUACCGCAAGCACACCGGCGUCAAGCCCUUCCAGUGCAGCGACUGCGACCGCAGCUUCUCCCGUUCCGACCACCUGGCUCUCCACAGGAAGCGGCACCUGCUGAUCUAGGCCAGGCCUGUACGAGACGCUCCAGCCCCCGCGCGCUGCCCCAGAAAAGAUAACGGGGCGUGAUAACGACUAUUGACGGCGAUGGUCCGUCAGACGAAAGCUCCCAGCUCCUAACUGACAUUUCUGGGUUCUUAUCAAGGAGCGCCCUGUAUCGACGUGGGAUACAGAUGAUCGUCUAGAGUAUCAUAUCUUCAAGCCCUCGCCAAACCUUCCGGUCUCCUUACCUGUUCAGCUGGUCUGAGCCGAGUCACUCCCACUCCCACUGUCCAAUUAGCAGUAUGUCCUCUGGUAUUUAUUUAUUAUUUUAAAGUAAAGCAAAACUUGAGCGAGACCACUUAAAUGUGAAUCUUUUUUUUUCCUGAAUAAGAUUUGCAUACUGUUGAUAAAUACAUAAUCGGGCCUUCUUGUUAGCGGAAUACUGUAGGGCUGCUCUGUGUUAUGCUGUGCUAUGUGUAUGCGUGUUGCUUUUCUAUUGAGUUUGUCCAUAGUUAUUGAAAGCCGUUGAAAUCUGGAGAUGUUAUAUAAUACAUGGAUAUGUCAUUCUGUUUCCACGCAUUUUAUAAGUAACAAGAAAUGGAUAGUAAUAGGGAUAGCAUCUGGGAACUCGCAAAAAACUCUGAGCCUUGGUUAAGCAUUUAUGUCAUGAUUUUUUUCAUUUAGUACACCUGGUGGAAAAGUGGGCCUUCAUAAAGUAUGAAACUGUGGUUAAAUUGAAUAGAGGACAUAGACUAAACAACAAUAACAAAACGCAAGAAGACAAGGACCAAAGAGAGAUACAGAGAGAGAGGCUUGAGCCACUGCUUCAGAGUAGCAUAAAUUAAAAAUCUCUUUCAACGAACCAUAUGUUUUCUGGCAAGGGAAAUUAAACUCCCUUUAAAAAAAAUGUUUUCUAGCAUAACCAUACAUUUGUUCAUUAGCCAAUCAUAUAUCAUAACCGUAAGUGUUUUCCGCUGGGUAGUGGGGAUUACAGACAAUUACUGAGAAGACACAUUUGUCUGGGAAUGUCUUUUUAACUUUGUAUUCGUUCACAAAUUUGUUAAAUAAGGGCGCUGCAAACACUUAUCAUUGUCACUUUUCUCACAGUGUGCACUUCCUGUUUCAAACGGUUGUCCUCCUACUUCUUGAAAUUGGCUAUAGUGUACUG